ACUCUUUGGCUCCUGCUCCCGUUGGCAAAUCUCGCGAUAGGAGCCCUUCGCGUCACUACGUAAUGUGCCGUGCUGCUUCUAGCGGCGCUGGUGACAGUGCUGAAAGCUGUUGGGUAUGAAGUGAAACGGAACUGAAUUUUUGUACCAUCCGCAACUGCUUCAACGUUCAGAUCACAAGAAAGAAGCCUGAAAAUCUCCAAAAAACAAAACAAGCAACGUCACAUACCGGAUCAUUUCAAGGGUUUGACCAGGGAAACAAGAAGUAAACCAAAAACCUUGUAUUGACCAAAGACAAACAUCAGGCCAGUCGACACAAGCAGAAGAGAAGCAAAUCCUAAGCCCAAGCAUACUUUGAGAAAACGACAACUGAUCUGAAACCAGAAGUUUGUGCCUACUCAACAGCUUUGACAAAGCACACGUCCCAACGCUGCUCCUAGCCCUCCUCAUCCUCCCCACACCACCAACUCACCAUUGGGGUGUGGAGUGAGCUGCUCCUUUAUUUUUUCCAUCAUAGCUCCCUACUAUUCCCGCCUCCUUCUCCCACUCUUUUCAUCAGUUUUUUUAAGCCCUGUUUUUCCACUGCAUAUUUUUGCGUUCCGUUUCUCCCUCCUUUUGCUUGAUGCAAGCAUCUAGAACCUGUGCCACAGGCCUGUAACUAGUGUGUGUGUAUGCGCAUAUGUGUGAAUGUGUGUGUGUGAAGUGAUCUGCAGGAAGCGCACAGUCCUCAAGAACCUGAGAAUUCCCUUUCAAGACAACAAAGACAUCCAGCGGUAGCGGUGUGUGUCAUUGGGUGGUCGCAUUAGCACUAACCAUUAACAGUCAAGCCAAAAAAAACAUCCCAAAAUCAAGAAGAGCAAUUUAAACGCACUAAUCAAAGUCAGUGUGGUUGGACUUUAUGGGAAAACAUGGGAAGUCCCUGGAAAGGCUUUGUUGAGUUUACCAUGCCGGCGUCGCCACCCACCGCGUUUGUUAGCGCUAACCUGAGCAGCAGCUCCCCUGUCGGACUCAGCCUGUCGCCGUAUGGCCGAUCUCAUAGCCAACGCCGGUCCACAAUGUCAAACAUGGAACGAGGCUCCUCCGAACCUCGCCCGUCGACCUCCAGCGCUCCUGUGUCUAUCCCCCGCUCCUCCUCGGUCUCUUGCCGCCCCCAGCCAGGAAGUAAAAAACACAAGCGGACUCCUUUGUACCAGAGAUCAAUGAGUUUUGACCCGGGCAUGCUCCACAACAACGGGCACAGCGCCUAUGCCAACGGCUCGGGGCCCGGCAUUAGAGAGACUGGCGUGAUCGAGAAGCUCCUGACCUCCUACGGUUUCAUCCAGUGCUCCGAGCGCCAGGCCCGCCUUUUCUUCCACUGCUCGCAGUACAGCAACAUGCAGGACCUCAAAAUCGGAGAUGAUGUUGAGUUUGAGGUGUCCUCUGACAGGCGCACUGGCAAGCCCAUAGCAGUCAAGCUGCUUAGAAUUAAGCCAGAGGUGCUGCCAGAGGAGCGCAUUUCAGGCCAGGUGGGGCCAGACCUGCACGCCUAUCCCUUUACUGUGCUGCAUGGUUAUAUUCAUCCAGUUGUUGCAUCAAUUCCUGGUAAUUUGGAUGGGAAGGCUGCACCCGGCCAGGUGCCCUCUGGAAGUGUUUGCUACGAAAGGAAUGGGGAAGUGUUCUACCUGACCUACACUGCAGACGACGUGGAGGGCAACAUCCACCUGGACACAGGUGACAAAGUGGUCUUUUAUAUGGAGACCAACAAGCACACUGGUGCGGUCAGUGCUCGCAACAUACAACUGGUGACCAAAAAGCAAAUGAGGUGCCAGGGUGUGGUGUGCGCGACCAAGGAGGCUUUUGGAUUCAUUGAGAGGGCUGAUGUGGUGAAGGAGAUCUUUUUUCACUACAGCGAGUUUAAGGGCGAUCUGGAGGCCCUGCAGGCGGGAGAUGACGUGGAGUUCACCAUCAGAGAUCGAAACGGCAAAGAGGUGGCGACAGAAGUGAGACUGCUCCCCCAAGGAACCGUCAUCUUUGAGGAUAUUAGCAUCGAGCAGUUUGAAGGCACCGUCGUCAAGGUCAUCCCCAAGGUCCCCACCAAAAACCAGAAUGACCCCCUUCCAGGUCGCAUCAGUGCCCGCAUUAGUUUCAAUGACAAAGAGCUGCCGUUUGGCGAGAAGGACACAAAUUCCAAGGUGACCCUUUUGGAGGGAGACCACGUCCAGUUCAACAUUUCCACUGACAGAAGAGAUAAGCUGGAAAGAGCCACCAACAUCGACAUCCUCCCGGACUCCUUCGGCAUCACUAAAGAGACUCGUGAAAUGGGUGUGAUUGCUGCGAUCCGUGACGGCUUCGGAUUCAUUAAAUGUGUGGAUCGGGACGCUCGGAUGUUCUUCCACUUCAGCGAGGUCCUGGAGGAGACUCCGCUGCACAUUUCUGACGAAGUGGAGUUCACCGUCGUGCCCGAUAUGCUGUCGGCGCAGAGGAACCACGCAGCGCGCAUCAAGAAGCUGCCCAAAGGCACGGUGUCGUUUCACACCCAGUCCGAGCAGCGCUUUAUGGGUGUGGUGCAGAGGGACAACGCGGCAGCCGGCGCCAAAAAUGCCAGUCCCAGCAAGAGCAAAGAGAAGGAAGCUGAGGAUGGAGUGAUCGCAUAUGAGGACUGUGGCGUGAAGCUCACAGUGCCAUACCACGUGAAGGACCUGGAGGGAGCUUAUCUCCCACAGGCUGGGGACAAGGUGGAGUUCUCUAUCAACGAAGUGAAAAGAAGCGGCCAGCAGAGUGCGGUCUCCAUCAGGGUCAUGAACCGCAACACCUCCAACGCCAAGCGGUUGCAGGGCUUCAUCGCCACACUCAAGGAUAACUUUGGCUUCAUUGAGACGGCCGAUCACGACCAGGAGAUCUUCUUUCACUACAGUGAAAUGAGCGGGGACCUGGAUAGUCUUGAGCUUGGCGACACAGUGGAGUACACGCUCUCAAAGGGAAAAGGAAAUAAAGUCAGUGCUGAAAGAGUGGACAAAGUGGCCCCAGUCAAUGGCAUUGGUGAAGAUGUUGGUACCACAGUGAUGACUGGCAAAGUCAUCCGUCCCAUACGCAGCGUGGACCCCUCUCAGACGGAGUACCAAGGGCUGAUAGAAGUUACAGAAGAAGGUGACGGUGAAGGCCAGACCUACCCCUUUGGAAUCAUGGGUAUGGCUAAUAAGGCCUACUGCCUGCAGAAAGGAGAACCGGUGAAGUUCCAGGUUUGCACAAUAUCCCAGACUGGACAGAAAAUGGCCUGCAAUGUGGUCCCGCAGCGGUGCGCCUUGGUGGAGAGUGUCAAAGACCAGUUCGGUUUCAUCACAUACGAAGUCGGCGAGAGCAAGAGGCUGUUCUUCCACGUCAAAGAAGUGCAAGACGGCCUAGAGCUCCAGACCGGAGACGAAGUGGAGUUCUCGGUGGUCUUCAAUCAACGCACGGGAAAAUGUAGUGCCUGUAACGUGCGCAGAGUCAGUGAGGGGCCCAAACCUGUGGUCACCCCGCGCCCGGACCGUCUGGUCAACAGAUUGAAGAGCAUCACUCUGGACGACGCCAGCGCCCCGCGUCUCGUCAUCGUUCGACAGCCCCGUGGUCCGGACAAUUCAAAGGGCUUCAAUGUGGAGCGCAAGACUCGCCAGCCUGGAGUCAUUGACUGAGUCAUGUGCUGGUAGGAGGGGGGGUGUAAAACAAAUGACCUCACCAAAUUGACCCAUAGAAAUCCUUCUGGCCAUCCUUGUCUCCAGUCUCCGUGUGUGCACGUGUGAAAUCUGACUGUGUCCCAACCUUUCCUUCUCUGCGUACUUUGGAAUUCUGCACCUGUAAAUGUCUGCCUGCAUGACUUUAGAAGCCAGGAUUUGUGUUGGUCUCCUUUGGACUGUAAGGUUUGUGACAAAUGGCAUCAAGCAAAGUUCCCUCCAUUUUUCUCAUACUUGCGACUGAGCAUUAUUUUUCUUUUUCCUCUUCUGCUCCUUUUUUGGAACAUGUUUUACCUAACGGCUUUCUGAAAGCAAGCAAGGCGUGUGUGUGUGUGUCUUUAAGAGAUUUAUUUUUACCAACAUGGAGCCUUAAAGAUACUUGUUCUUGGUAUAUACAAGCUCCACUGAAGCAAUUUCUCCCAGGUGCAGAAUUCCUUCUUUUCUACAUUUGUUGUUCUUUUUCAUUUAAAGUCAUUGAAUAACAAGGUGCCUAAAAACAACUGGUGAAAAAGAUCAAGAACAAUCUUAGAUGGCUUUGGUAUCUAAUAGAUGACAAUGAUAUGCACAUGUGUGCUUUUUCUUUUCCUUAGUACCAGUCAGACUUCAUAUAGCAAAACAAAUUUAACUUCAUGGGGGUGGGUGAGGAAAACAAGUAAGGGAUCGGAAAUAAAAAGAAUAUAAAGAAGAAUGAGGACAUUUAGACGGGAAAGAAAAAGAAUAUAAAGAAGAAUGAGGACAUUUGGACUGGAUGUCUCUGAUAGGAAGAACUCUCAGCCAUCACCACGUACAGACAUCAUGGUCUGGAAUGAAUAAACACAUUAAAAGUUUUAUGAAACUCC